CGCACCGCCUCUGCACCUCAUCUCCAAACCUCCACCAACCUUGAUCCUGGAGCCUUUUUCGUCGCCCUGGCCCAGUUGAAAAAAACCACAGCCAUCGCCAGCCAAGGCUCUGUUAAUGCUUUUCCCUCUCUAAGUUUAUCGGAACUCAAGCUUCCGACAGAGGCCCGAAACCGAGCCAGCGAGCGAGGGAAGCUGCUUUGAGCCUUCUUCCUCACUCCGACGACAUUGGCAUUUGCCGCUAUCGGCCAUCGUCCGUCACGACUGCCGAGCUCGAGCUCGAGAGAGCUACCUACAUCUUUUGCUGCUUCGCAAGGUCAUCAUACCUCAGCCAAGAAGGCUUCGUUCACUAGCCACCUCUCGCCAUGUUCCGAGCCGCGGCGGUUGGGCCCUACGAUGAGGCUAUCAACCGGGCUACAGACGAGAACCUUACAUCGGAAGACUGGGGUGCUAUCAUGGAGGUUUGCGACCGUGUGUCGAGCGACGCGAGCGGUGCCAAAGAGGCUGUCCAGAGCAUGAUCAAGCGCCUGGCCCAUCGCAACGCGAACGUGCAGCUCUAUACACUCGAAGUCUCGAAUGCCCUCUCGCAAAACUGCGGCAAGGUCAUGCAUCGCGAGCUGUCGAGCCGAGCCUUCACCGAUGCUCUUCUCAAGCUUGCCAACGAUCGCAACACGCACACACAGGUCAAGGCCAAGAUCCUCGAACGCAUGAAAGAAUGGUCUGACAUGUUCAAGUCGGAUCCCGACCUCGGCAUCAUGAAUGAUGCAUACCACCGCCUAAAGCAGACUAACCCCUCUCUCCACCCUCCUAGCGCCCCGCAGAAAAACAGUCUCACGGCCCAGGACCGCCAGAAGGAGGAGGAGGAGCUUCAGACUGCUCUCAAGCUCAGUCUGCAGGAAGAGGAGCGCAAGAAGAAGCCGAACCCGGCCGCAGGCCCGUCCAACGCUGGGACCUCGGGCGGCGCAGCAGGAGGUGGAAACGCGCCGCAGCAAGCGGCCCCAGUGCAGCAGCAGCAGGUGCCCUCGGGCACGACAGCUGCCACCGUGUCCCGCGUCAGGGCCCUGUUUGACUUUUCCCCGUCGGAGCCCGGCGAGCUGGAAUUCAAGAAGGGCGACGUCAUUGCCGUGCUUGAGAGCGUCUUCAAGGACUGGUGGCGUGGAUCGCUCAAGGGGAAGACAGGGAUUUUCCCCCUCAACUAUGUCGAGAAGUUGACAGACCCGACACCCGACGAGCUUCAACGCGAGGCGCAGAUGGAGGCCGAGGUGUUUGCUGAAAUCAAGAACGUCGAGAAGUUGUUGACGCUCCUCAGCGCGAGCAACACGGCCCCGAGGGAGGAGGAUAACGAGGAAAUCUCGAAGCUCUAUCACCAGACACUGGCCAUCCGGCCGAAGCUGAUUAAACUGAUUGAGAAGUAUUCGCAAAAGAAAGACGACUUCACGCAGCUGAACGAGAAAUUUAUAAAGGCAAGGAGAGACUACGAGGCGCUGCUGGAGUCAUCCAUGUCGCACCCGCCAGGGCCAACCUAUCACCAAUACAGGCCCCAGGUUCCCCAAGGGUACCCAGCCCCUGGUCCUAGCUAUGGGGUGCCCACUCCGCAACAACCUGGGCCAGCCUAUGGCGCACCUCCACAGCAGCAGCAGCAGCAGCAGCCUGGGCCGGGAUACGGUGCCCCGCCGCCGCAGCAGCAGCAGCAGCAACAAUCGGGCCCCGGUUAUGGUGCCCCUCCGCCGCAACAGCAGCAACCCGGGCCGGGAUAUGGUGCCCCUCCGCCGCAGCAGAAUAACCCGGGCUACGGUCCGCCUCCUCAACAGCAAGAUCCGCAGCGAUACUACACCCCGGCUCCUGCACAAGGUACGCCGCUAGCCGAAUUUGGGGAUUAAGGGGGCUUGCUUUGAUCAUAGACUGAUAUGUAUAUACUAUAGAAGGUCCACAAUAUCCACCGU